AUGUCAAUCACCAAUUCUCCUACCACUAAUGAUAAGGAUAAUGACAGCUCAAAAGGACUAAAAGCCUGGGAAGAAAGGCGAAAAGCUUGGUUAACACCCAAUCAAACUUAUUUAGAAGCGAUCAAUAACAAUAACAAUAACCAUAUUGACAAUCGAGAGAAAAAUGACGAUUCAAUGCAAUUGAGUCCCUUUGAACAAUUUCUUUCAAAUGAAGCACAGCGGUUGCACAUUUACAAACAACUUGUCACUCAACGGUAUGCUUUGAGAACACCUUUACCUUUGAAAUAUAUUAUACCGGUUUUAGUAACUGGUUGGCAAGAGGAUGGAGUAUGGCCGAAAGGCAUGGUGGUGAAGGAGACAAGUGAUUAA